GGCCGCCAGCCUCGGGCAACACAAGGGCUGAGAGUCGCGUUCUGCUCAUCCCGCCCGGGCGCGGGACGCGCUGAUUGGCUGCAGCGCUCACGCGAGCCGCGCUGGGGGCGGGUUUGGCCGCGAGUAACCCCAGACGCGCCAGCUGCCCGCGCGACCUUUCUCUUGCGUUAGUGGUGCCGCGGCGCCCCCUCCCCGGCGGUCGCAGGAGAGCGGCAAGAUGGCGGCGCUGAGCAAGUCCAUCCCCCACAACUGCUAUGAGAUCGGGCACACCUGGCACCCGCACUGCGGCCAGGCCUUCGUGCACAUCACCCACGGGGCGCUGGCCGAGUCCCUGCGCAUCUACGGCACCCUCUACCUGAUUGCAGCAGUUCUCAGGAAACGAAAGCUUGACUAUUAUCUGCACAAACUGCUACCUGAGAUUUUGCAGUCAACUUCCUUUCUGACUGCGAAUGGGAGCUUGUAUAUUGCUUUUUUUUGCAUUUUAAGGAGGAUACUUGGAAAAUUCUACUUUUGGACUCCGGGCUUCGGAGCUGCUUUACCAGCUUCCUACGUGGCCAUUCUCAUUGAAAGGAAAAGCAGGAGAGGUCUGCUUACAAUCUACAUGGCUAAUUUGGCCACGGAAACCCUUUUUCGAAUGGGGGUAGCAAGAGGAGCAAUUACACCUUUAAGGCAUGGAGAAGCUUUGGAUCAGGCCCAUUCAACAUGGAAAAUGAAGGUCCUUUUGUUCUGCAUCACAGCUGCUCUGUUCAUGUUCUUUUUCAGGUGCAAAGAUGGCUUGAAAGGAUUUACAUUCUCUGCACUUAAGUUCAUUGUAGGUAAAGAAGAAAUUCCCACACAUUCAUUUUCACCAGAAGUAGCAUUUUCAAAAAUAGACAGAAAGAUAAAGCACCGGGAAGAAGUAUCGCGGCGAAUGAACAUAAUUGCUCUAACAAAGAAACUUGUGGACAAAGUAUGCAAACAUGGUCCAAGACAUAGAUGCUGUAAACAUUAUGAAGACAAUUGCAUCUCAUAUUGCAUUAAAGGCUUCAUUAGAAUGUUUAGUGUUGGUUACCUGAUCCAGUGUUGCCUUCGAAUUCCAUCAGCGUUCAGGCAUCUGUUUACAAAACCUUCCCGGCUGCUUUCUCUAUUCUAUAACAAGGAAAACUUCCAGCUUGGCGCUUUUCUGGGAUCUUUUGUCAGUAUAUACAAAGGUACUAGUUGCUUCCUGCGCUGGGUGCGAAACCUGGAUGAUGAACUUCAUGCUCUUAUAGCGGGAUCCCUGGCAGGAGUUUCUAUGAUGUUUUACAAAAGCACUACUAUCUCCAUGUACCUGGCUUCCAAACUAGUGGAGACCAUGUACUUCAAAGGCAUUGAAGCAGGAAAGGUUCCCUAUUUUCCUCAUGCAGACAGCAUCAUCUAUGCCAUUUCCACAGCAAUCUGCUUUCAGGCGGCUGUGAUGGAAGUUCAAACCCUGAGACCUUCUUACUGGAAAUUCCUAUUACGACUGACAAAAGGCAGGUUUGCUGUCAUGAAUAGACGAGUAUUAGAUGUAUUUGGUACUGAAGCAUCUAAGAACUUCAAGAAUUUCAUACCUAAGCUUGACCCAAGAUAUACUUCUGUACCACCGGAGCUACCAAUUGAACUGUCUUGAAAAAUGAUACUUUCUCUUGUGAUUAAAUAUGAUCAUUUUGUCCUGAAGAGUUAAUUAACUUAACAGUCAAAUAGAUGGAAGAGGACUUGUGCUCCACUUAAGUAUUAUUUCAAUGAGAAAUGCUUUUUACCAAUCAGAAAUACUGAAGCUUUGUAGGAAGAUGUGGCUUAAUAAUUAAGCCCUUUCCAUAGCCAGAAAUUGUUUCUGGAUCAUUUUAGUUGAUUGACAAUAUGGUAGAUUCUUGACUGAAUUAAAUCAAUGAGUAAUAUAUCUAUAGAAAAGAGAAUUAAAAUACACCUAUGACGUAAAUAUACUUUAAAAUAACAUUUUCAAAAUUUCUUUAGCUCAUUCCAGUAGAAAAUAUCUUUGUAAAACUAAUGAUAUUUCCAAAAUUAGAAAGGAUGGUUUAGGUCCAAAGUUUUACCUUAUCUUAAAACUCUUAGUCUGGUGAGAAAUGUCCCUUGAAUUUCAAAUAUGUGUUUUUAAAAAUCCACCAGUCACUGAAAAUGUUAAAAAUAACCAAUAGCCACUUUUUAUUCAGACUAGGCUAUUUCUACCCAGAUUUUGCUAUAAAAAACAGCCAGCCCACCACCAAAAGAGUGCUGGUUAGCCCAUAAAUCAUACUCCAGAGCUGUCAUUCCAUUGAUGUAGACCAUGAACAAAGGAAAUGUAUAAAGCCAGGUGUCAGUGACUUGUUCUUCUUAAGAAACAGCAGUGUGUGGAAGUUAAUAUUUGCCAAAGGGAAAAUGACAAGACAUUGAGAGGGAGGAAUGCAAUGGUUGAGCUUUUGAGAGGGUAGUCCAAACAGUAGACAGGUUAAAAUACAAACACACACACUAAAAUCAGUUUUUCAAAAAAGACUUGACAAGUAUCAGUUUAGAUGAAAUCUACUUGAUUUAAGCAUCAAUACUAAAUUGCAAUUCCAAUGGCCUUCAAAGGGGACCAAACUCCUAAAGUUCAACCAUCAUAGCAAAACAGUUUUAUUUGACACAUUCAUUCAUGUUUCUUCAUAUUCAGUUGUUCCUGUUAAUCAAUGAAGAAUGCUUUCCCCUUGAUAUAGCAUACAGUCGUGACUAUAGACAAUUCCAUGAAGUUUAGUACGGUACUUAAUAUAUCAGCUCAAAAUCCACUUUUCUUCCUCUGCAUAUUUUUACAAAUGUCACUUCACCUUUGUAUUCUAAAGUGAAAUCUUGACAUGCUAAUUCCUUUACUACUUCUGUUGCUUAUAGGCGGUUCAGGGCAGCCAUGGCUGAAUUAUGAUAAGAGUCUCCUAGCUUUUCAGGGAAAAUAUGAGCUUUACUUGCAUUCGACUAAAAAGAGCAGAUAAUGGAAAUGCGACAGAUGCCUGUGAAUGGGAAGUAAAGAUGUAUGUAUUUUAAAAAAAAAUCUGGUUUAUUUGCUGGAAACUUUUGCCGCACAUAAUAAAAUAACUACUUAAUAGAACCUAUGUCAUAACGGUAAUGCUGUCCCAGUCUUAACACAUUUCAGCACCCUUUCAUUUAAUUUCACAAUUUUCAAUUUGUCAUGAAAAUGUACCAGCCCAUGCACAAAACCUACCUGUCCAUCCUUUACCAUAACAAUGAUGAUCAUCAGUUACUUAUGAUCCCUUGUGAAAACAACAUACAUGGCCCAAGUUGAGUGGGUGAGUAAAAUUUUGAAAGCUAGGUUUGUGUGCAAUAUCUUAUUUGCUUGUAAUGGUAAACUAAAAUUGCUCAAAAAUAAAAAAAAUUAAAAUCUACUGAACUCUGGCAGGAUUGUAGAAGAAAUGUUGGAAGGACUGUUUUUCCAUUAGCAUUUCUAAAACACACGACCUGAAGUCUGAAUGCUAGAUGUUUUAGGUAACAUUUUAGAACUGAUGUACUAGACUAUCAGGAUUUAGUAGAGUGAGUGUGCCAGUCUCAGACUUUUCAAAAUCUUUUACAAAUAGCUUAGCUUUGAUUUUCUUUGUUGGAAUGAAAAUGUUGAUAGAUCUCUGUAUUUGAGUUAAGAGUUGAGUACUGUCUCUCAAUAUCUAGAUACCAGUUCAGUCCAUGUCUUCUUGUUUCCUACAUUCAUAAUCCUUGUUUUUAAUGGCUGUCAUGUAAGGUAAAAAUAAAACAUUUUAAACCUUAAAUUAUUAUUUGUAUUGGAG